UUGAUUAAGGUUUGCUUUGUUCUUUAACCCUAGCUUAUUAUAGCCCCUCAGCAUCAUGAAUAGCUGCAUUAACAGAGUGCCAUGGAGAACUUAUUUUCACUUGCUUACUAGAAAAUAUUUCCAGUCCUGCCAAGUUUUAGCGUAACCUGACAGAGCUGUUAGUCAAAUGUGCUUAAAGGAUCUGUCCAGUCACUGUCAAGUUAACUAUUUAAUUGCCAAGUUAAACAUUGAACAUUCAAACACCAUUUAGUAAGUGAUUUAAAUGACCGUAUUAACAGAGUGAUACUUCAGAAGGAGUCGCAGCGGUUCAGAACAAUGGGCUAUCUGAUCGCGGCACCUUCUGUUUUCCGCUCUGGUGUUGAGGAAGCUAUAAGUGUAACCAUCUUUAACUCUGUCAAGGAGACAACAGUCCAGAUUCAGUUAGUAGUCAAAGGAGAAACUGUGUCGCGAGGCCACGGAACAGUUCUGGAUAAAGGAACAAUUAAACUGAAGGUGCCUUCAGGACUCCGUGGACAGGCACAUCUGAAAGUCUGGGGCAACCGGCAUCUAGCAGAGGAAGGCUACAUUUUUCACAACUACACCACAGUAACCAUCGAUAGCAAAGGCUCGUCAGUGUUCAUCCAGACUGAUAAACCUGUCUAUAAACCCAAGCAGAAAGUGUUGAUAAACCUCUUUAUGGUGAAUUCUGACUUGAGACCAGUCAAUGACAGGAUUGAAGCUUAUGUGGUGGAUCCUCGGGGGUCUCGUAUGAUAGAGUGGAGUAAUUUGAAGCCAUUUUGUUGUGGUAUUGUAAAUAUGACUUUUCCUCUGUCUGAUCAGCCAGUGUUUGGUGAAUGGCUCAUCUUUGCUGAAAUGCAGGGACACACAUACAACAAAUCCUUUGAAGUUCAGAAAUAUGUGUUACCAAAGUUUGAGUUGCUGAUUGACCCCCCUCGCUACAUUCGUGACCUUUCACUGUGUGAAAAAGGAACUGUCCAUGCCAGAUACACGUUUGGAAAACCAGUGACAGGAAAGUUAAUUAUCAACAUGACAAUAAAUGGUGUAGGGUACUACAGGCAUGAGGUGGGACACCCUGUCCUCAAGACCACCCAGAUUGAUGGCUCUGCUGUCUUCGAUAUGUGUGUAAAAGACAUGAUGCCAGCUGAUGUUCCAGAGCAUUUCCGAGGCACAGUCAACAUCUGGGCCACAGUGAUCAGCUCUGAUGGGAGCAAGCAGGUUACAUUUGAUGACUCAACGCCUGUCCAGAAACAGCUGAUUGAUAUCAAGUACUCCAAAGAUACUAGAAAACAGUUCAAACCUGGACUGCCUUACAAAGGAAAGGUAGAAGUUACUUACCCUGAUGGAAGUCCAGCUGACAGAAUCACUAUCCGAAUUAAAGCUGAACUCACACCAAAGGACAACGUUUAUACAAGUGAACUGGUAUCAAGAAAUGGCCUGGUGGAGUUUGAAAUCCCCUCCAUCCCUACAGCUGCCCAAUAUGUUUGGCUGGAGACCAAAGUGACAGCGAUUGAUGGAAAACCAUCUGGGGAUCAAUAUCUGCCAAACUACUUGUCCAUCAGUAGCUGGUACUCGCCCAGCAAGUGUCACAUCCAGCUCCAGGCGCCAGAUAAACCUUUCCAGGUAGGAGAGGAGGCUUGGAUUGCAGUGAAGUCCACAUGUCCUUGCAAUUUCACUCUACAUUAUGAAGUGGCAUCGCGAGGCAACAUUGUCCUUUCAGGACUGCAGCCCAGCAACAUCACCCAGCAGAGGAGCAAAAGAGCCACCUUUCCCUUUGAGAAGAACAUUGAUGUCACACGCCUCCCAGGAACAGCACCUCCCAGUGUCCCUGCAGCAGAGGCUGAGGUCUGCAGGACAUUCCUCCGGUUCUCAGUAGUUCCCAGCAUGGCUCCCUUGGGCCGUCUCCUGGUGUAUUACGUCAGGGAGAAUGGAGAAGGGGUCACAGACAGCCUGCAGUUCACAGUGAAGUCCUCCUUUGAAAAUCAGGUUGCGGUGGUGCUCUCAGCAAAUGAGACCAGACCUGGUGAUGUUGUGAACAUCAAGGUCAGAGCUGCAAAGUCAAGCUGUGUCUGCAUUGCCACUGUGGAUAAGAGUGUCUACUUGCUGAAGACAGGUUUUCAGCUGACAGCCAGUCAGGUUUUUCAAGAGCUUGCAGAGUAUGAUGUAUCUGAUGCUUUUGGAGCUCCAAAGGAAGAAGGGCACUUCUGGUGGCCAGGCAUGUCCUCCCGUAGACGCCGUAGAUCUUCUGUCUUUCCCUGGCACUGGGACAUCACCAAGGAUGCUCGCUUCGCGUUCACAGAAACUGGCUUGGUUGUAAUGACUGAUAUAGUCAGCUUAAACCACAGACAGAAUGGAGGCAUGUACACAGAUGAGGCUGUCCCAGCUUUUCAGCCACAUACUGGGACACUGGUGGCUACAAUGCAUUCUAAAAUAGCACCAAGCAGAGCAGAGAAGAGAAAAAGAACCUUCUUUCCUGAAACGUGGAUUUGGCACUGCCUCAAUGUCAGUAAUGUGUCUGGAGAAGCACAGCUGUACGUGGAAGUGCCAGACUCCAUCACCACCUGGAUCACAGAAGCUGUGGGGCUGUCUGAGGAGCAGGGGUUGGGCAUUGCUGCUCAAACAGAACUGAAGACAUUUAAACCUUUCUUCAUCGAGUUCACAUUGCCGUACCAUGUCAUCCGGGGCGAACAGACCAAAAUCCCACUGACUGUCUACAACUACUUAGCUGUCUGUGUAGAGGUCCAUGUGAAGAUUUCUGUUCCAAAAGGCAUAAAGUUUGUUGGGCAUCCUGGGAAACACCAUCUGACAAGAAAGAAGUGCGUUGCCCCUGGGGAAGCUAAACCCACCUCUAUCGUUUUGUCCUUCAAUGAGCUUGGACUGAGCAACAUCACUGCAAAAGCUUUUGCUUACGGUGGAACCAAUUGCUGUCAGGAUGGGAUGCAGACCUUGAAGAAUGGCAAGCACUCAGAGGACAAUUAUCUGGACAGAAGGACCCCAGUGGCAGUGGAUUAUGUUCGCAGCAGUGUUAUUAUUGAGCCAGAGGGACUGUCCAGAGAAUACACCUAUAGUGUGUUCUUCUGCCCAAAUGAGAAAAUACACAUUUCUACACCUAACAAAUAUGAGUACCAAUACAUGCAGAAACCUGCCCAGAUGACACACUUUGACAUCGCUGUGAAAGCACACAACGAUGCUCACCUGGCCUUGUCCUCUGGGCCUCAUGACAUGGCAGAGAUGACAGAGAUUGUUAUUGGUGGACAUCAAAAUACUAAAACAUGGAUUUCCAUCAGCAAAAUGGGUGAGCCGGUGGCCAGCAGGGACACAGCUGGUAUCCUCUCCUGGGAUGAAUUCCGCAGCUUCUGGAUCAGCUGGAAAAAUGGAAUUAUCCAGGUUGGCCAUGGUACUCGGGUGCUAAAUGAGUCUAUUAUUGUGGAGUGGACAGUCCCCAAACAGCUUGAGGUGAAGUACAUUGGCUUUUCCACAGGCUGGGGGUCAAUGGGAGAGUUUAAAAUUUGGAGAAAAGAAGAGACUGAUGAAAAUCACAAUGAAGCAUUUACUCUUGGAGUUCCCCACAACAUAAUUCCAGGAUCAGAAAGAGCUACGGCUUCAAUAAUAGGAGAUGUGAUGGGUCCUACACUGAACAACUUGGACAAUCUUUUGCGAUUACCAUUUGGAUGUGGGGAGCAGAACAUGAUCCAUUUUGCUCCUAAUGUUUUUGUCCUGAAAUAUCUGCAGAAAACCAAGCAACUCAGUCAUGAGGUGGAAAGCGAAGCUACUGAUUACCUUGUUCAAGGCUACCAGCGCCAGCUGACCUACAAGAGACAAGAUGGUUCAUACAGUGCUUUUGGCGAGAGGGAUUCCUCGGGGAGCAUGUGGCUCACAGCUUUUGUCCUCAAGUCCUUUGCACAGUCUCGUGGGUUUAUUUUCAUUGACCCAAAAGAACUAACAGCUGCCAAAGACUGGAUCAUCCAGCAUCAGAAAGAAGAUGGUUCUUUUCCUGCUAUGGGCAGGAUACUAAAUAAGGACAUUCAGGGUGGAAUCCAUGGUAAGAUCUCCCUGACAGCUUAUGUGGUUGCAUCUCUUCUGGAAACAGGUGUAACUUCUGAGGAAGAAAGAACAGCUGUUGACAAAGCAAAACACUUCUUAGAGUCCAACUUGUAUUCAGCAGAAGAUCCCUACACUACUGCCCUGACUGCAUAUGCCCUGACACUGCUACACAGUCCCUCUGCUGCUGUGAUGCUGCGGAAGAUGAACAGCAUGGCUAUUACACAAGAUGGCUUUACACACUGGAGCUUGACAGGAACUCUUGUUACUGAUGAAGAUACCUUCAUGGGAUUUAAUGAUGGGCUCUUGCAAUCAGUUGUUUCUGCAGAAGUGGAAAUGACAUCUUAUGCCCUUUUGACGUACACACUCCUAGGAGAUGUGGCUUCUGCACUCCCAGUAGUAAAAUGGCUUUCACAGCAAAGAAAUGCACUUGGAGGAUUCUCAUCUACUCAGGACACGUGUGUAGCCCUGCAGGCUCUGGCUGAAUAUGCUAUCCUUUCUUACGUUGGAGGAGUCAACCUUACCAUUUCCUUGGCUUCUACUAAUCUAGACUACCAGGAGACAUUUGAGCUCAACAAGAUGAAUAAAAAAGUCCUCCAGACUGCAGUGAUCCCCAGUAUUCCAACGGGGCUGUUUGUGAGUGCCAAAGGUGAAGGCUGCUGUCUGAUGCAGAUUGAUGUCACUUACAAUGUACCUGAUCCCACUGCCAAACCAGCUUUCCAGCUCCUGGUAAACCUGAAGGAGCCAAAGUCAGAGCAGCACCUUCAAGCUCCAAAUCCCCUGCGGUCUGUCUCUCCAGAUGAGAAUCGCCCUGAAGCCUUGCACAGAGAGAGGGCACUGGUGGAUGAUGAUGACCCAGCUUCAGAUCAGGACCAUCGGGAAUACAAAGUCAUACUGGAGACAUGCACUAGAUGGCUGCACUCUGGAUCUUCUAACAUGGCUGUCUUGGAAGUGCCGUUGUUCUCAGGGUUUCGUGCAGACAUUGAGAGCUUAGAGCAGUUAUUGAUGAACAAGCAAAUUGGAUUAAAAAGAUAUGAAGUGGAUGGAAGAAAAGUCCUUUUUUAUUUUGAUGAGAUUCCUAGCCAGUGCAUGACCUGUGUGAAGUUUCAAGCUUUCAGAGAGCAUAUAGUUGGGAAAACAGCUCCUGUUCCUAUCAAAGUGUAUGAUUACUAUGAGCCAGCUUUUGAAGCAACUCGUUUCUACAACGUGAGUGAAAACAGCCCCUUGGCUCGGGAGCUCUGUGAUGGACCAACAUGCAACGAGGUGGAAAGCUCAGCUAGCCAAUGGGUUGGCUUUGUUCACUCUGGACCAUGCAAUAACAUUUUUGGCUGCUUGGAGGAUGAGUAUUUUGAGCAGUGCAUGUGUUCGCGAGACUGUGGCUAUGAUGGGGAGCCUGUGUGUGGAUCGGAUGGACAGAUUUACCCCAACCAUUGCCAGAUGGAAGUAGCAUCCUGCAGGAAUAACACAAGGAUAGAACAGAUGCCCAUGUCUCAAUGUUCUGCCUCCAAAAAUUUGCCAGAAGAGAGAGAGACACACUCCCACCCAGCUGAGCAGCCCAGUGUUCAACAAACUCCAGCAGAGGAAGGCCCUCCACCCCAGACAGACCUGUCCUACUACUCCUAUGAGUACGACCCAGACCCCUACGCGUCGGAAGCUGAUGUUUUUGAGCUUGGGGCAGAACUGACGACAGCAAGCACGGUAAAAGAAGCGGACAAGGUUCAGGAAGUAGUGACCACAGUAGAAUGAAAUCUAUAAUUUAAAUAAAGAGAAGAGGCUCAGAAUCAACUCCUGUAUGAGUUUGAUCCUACAAACGACCUGCUGCAGAACAGAAACCCAACGAUGACUACUUCCUGAUGCACUCAGAACUGUAGGCUUUGCUGCCCCGGGGGGGGGGAUCUGGAGCGCUAAGGGGGACACUCAGCAUUAUUUUUCUGUCAAUUUUCCUGCCUUUUGUGCAUCCUCUUUGGAGUACUUCCAAGGAUGGGAGGAGACCAGUAUGCUGUGCCCUCUAGGUAAGAAAAAUAGGGGCUGGAAUUCAAACCUAUAGACCAUUUCCAAGUGUUUUCUCUACUAUCGGGAUACUCCAAAUGCCAUUUCCUAGCUACAUUUAGAAGCUAAGUCCAGGCCUUGUGCUUAGCUGAACUGCUGUUUCAGGAAAGAUGGCUGAGAAGUUGUCUCUCAAAUUAUAAUAAUAAAAUCAGUGUGUUUUGCUAAUUCUGACAUAGCAAGAGGCUAAUCAUCUUCCCCAGCCUGUAGGUCGACUGCACCCACAACAAUGUCCCACGAGAGAAAAUCUUCCCUAGUGGCUCCAUGUUCAGGGAAGUUCUUGGGAGGUACCUUUUACAAGAGGAAACUGAAAUCCACUGUCGGGGCUGGAGGACUUGACUGUCUACCCUCUGACUGCAGGCUUCAGGUGGGGAGUUUGCCAGCCAUAGCAGGGACAGGGAUUAGGUGGGUGAGCCCUCUUUGUGUUGCACUAUGUGCUGAUACAGGCUGCUUGCAGCCUUCUCAGCCCUUCCCUCUUUGUAACCCUGGCAUCCAAAUAAAGCUGACCCAAGGCACAGUCCUUUCAAA